AUGGCCAAGGGAACUGUAAAAUCGCCAACCAAAGGGAACCAUUCAAAAACCGAAAGUAAACCCAAAUCACAGAACAAAAGAUUAAAUUCUUACAUAAAUAAUAAUCCUGAUGAAAACGAUCAGGAUCAAAUGGAAUUUAAAAUAUCACCUAUUAAUCCAUCAAAAAAUUAUUUGUCACAGAGCCUAGAAGAAAAGAAUGAAUACGUCGAUAAUCCCAAUAUUAAACACAUUUCUGAGUGUAAAAAUGAAAAAAAAUACUUUAAUUGCCCAGGAGGUAUGGUGGAUAAAAGAACAUUCACCAACAUAGUUAAAGAUGCGUUUUUAUCCAAUGGCACUUAUCUAGAUACGGAAAUAAUCAACAGCGAUGCCAAAAAUAAUGAUAAUUAUGAUAACAUACAUAAUAUAUGCAAUGACCCCGAAGUGCAUACUGAGCCACUAAUAACCAAUUCAACGUCCAAAAUAAAAGCCAAACGCUCUUAUCAGUCUAUUUUAUCAUUUUUCAAAAGAUCUGAUACAGAUGAAGAAACUAAGGAAACAAUUUCAUUGCAAAACAUUGAAGCGAUCUCACCCGUUAGUGAAAGUAAUGUUAGUACUAGAAAUAUGGAGAAUUAUUUUAACCGUAUGAACGUAUCCCAAGCACACAACAAAUCCAGUUUAUCGCGUACAAAUAGCUUGAAUUGUGUAUCAAACUCCAGUAGUGUGCAAAGUCAAAUAAUCGCAAUGAUACACCAAUUCGAAGCUGAGUGUACAAAUUUGGAAAAGAAGAUCUAUCUCCUGGAGACUAAUUACCUGAGUCAAUCCCCAGAUUCAACAGGAUUAACUCGUGGAUGGAAUAGGUGUGGAAUACUCUCCAAUUCUAGCAACUUAUUGUCAAAUUCUUUUAACGCUAAAAACCGCAAAUUAUCAUCAUGCCGUAAGUCAAUGUCUAGUUGUAAUCUAUCAGAAAUACUUGCAUCUGAUAGGUUGUUUUCACUGACAAACUACGCAACCAAAUUGUAUAGUGAUUUAAAGCAUCAAGGGAGCAAGGAUAAAUCAUGA